CAGAGUCAGAGAAGAUGUAUAGUUUCAGAAGUGGUCAAGUUUUUUGUCUUCUGCUGCUUUAUUUAACAGAUGUGACUGGAGAUUUGUCCAUUUUACUUGCCAGGGAAGGAGAACAAGUUGCUUUUCCUUGUAGGAGCAAGCUGUUGAGUCAGGCUAGAUGUAACAACACCUGGAUCUUCGGUUCUACAACUGGAGUAACAGUGGAGCUGACUCACUCAGGGAAAAUGACUGUUGAAGAUCAAUCCGACAGACUGAGUGUUGCAGCAGACUGUUCUUUAGUCAUAAAGAAGGUCACAGCUGAGGAUGCUGGCCUUUACACCUGCCGACACUUCGAUGAAUCAGGAAAACAACAGGAUGAAGACAUUGAGGUUGAUCUGUCAGUCGUUACUUUGACUGAACAUAUAAGUCCUGAGGAGGUGAUGUUGAACUGCUCUGUGUGGAGAUACAGAUGGUGCAGACACACAGUGCAGUGGCUCUUACAUGAUAACAAAGUAGAUGGAGAUCACAAUAUGCUGACGACAACGCAUUCUGUGCGCUUGGCUACGGUAACUUUUCCGGUUUCUGGUUCCUCCACCUCAUCUCAGUAUUAUCAGUCACUGAGGUGUGAAGUGACAUCAGAAGGACACAAGGUACAGGUCUUCUUCAGUCCUUCGCCUUUGGAAGAGCGAACAGAUACGACAAGAACAGUGACUCCAAGAAAUGAGUGGAUGCAAACAACAAAAAUAAAUCCAAUGGAAGGAAAACAACAAGAUUGCUCUCUUCUCCACUUCAUAAUGAUGGUUGCACGUGUUGUUGAAGUUGUCCUCAUUCUUGUGAUCAUUGUUCUUCUAAUUAGAGCUCAAGGGAACAAGAGGCCGACAAAUCACACUGUCUGUACUGAUGAAGAUGAAGCUGAUGGUACAGUGAGAUAUGAAAACAUGGGAGAGCCUUCUGUUUCUGUCAGACUGCGCUGAUCAACAUCAACAACAUCAGCUGAAAAAUGACACCAGGGAUGAAAACAAUAGGUUUUAUUAUAAGAUGUUAAGUAGGGAAUUUUGUGAGACCAACCCCUUCUACUUUUGUCACUUUUAUAAAAUGUGUUUUUUGUGAUGUUGUAAAGUUAACUCCAUUUAUUGCCUCAAAGAAAACCUUUUCAAUCUACUUUUCUUUUUCCCUUUUAUUUGCAUUUAUUAUUAUUGUGAUGUGUGGGAUUUUUUUGGUUUGUUUUUUUCAGCUCAGUAUGUAUUUGUUUAAAAUGAGCUUUGAGUCUUAAAGGUGUUGGAACCAUUUUCUCUUAUUAAUAUAGAAAAUAGUUAUCAGCAUAUAAUAAACCGCUAUAUAUGUACUAGCCUCUGUACAGUUUUUUUUUUUUUUUUUUUUUUUUCAUAGAUGAAAAUAAUUGUUUUAUUUAGCUGGAAUUUAAUGAAAAACUGUACAGUAAUUUUUCCUCAGA